GUUUUUAAAAUGUUACCACUUCGUAUUGUUUUCUUUGACUCCCAUCCUCCAAAAAGAAAUUACUAAAUCUUAAAUUAUAGUUUAUUUGGGAACUUGCAAUGACAACUUAAAUAUUCAGUUUCUUUUGAAUAAGUACCCCCACUUUUUUUUUUCUACGUGAAGAGGUUAGGAGUCGGGAAACGACUGAAAUCAACCUGGAAAUUUACUUCUUAAUUUCCAUUUAAAAACUGCAUGUGGCUUGCAUACUUUUAAUUUAAAAAAUAAUAAUAAUUAAACUUGGGCUUCGAUGUGACCGCUAGACUUGUUAGAAAUAACAGCCCUAUCUUCCUCAAAUUACCCCUACUAUCUUGUAAAAGGACAUAUUUCAUAAAUACCCUUAAAAAGAAGGAAAGUUCACGACUUGAGGACGUUUGAUUAGGUCUGCUCAAUAGUCAGACGUAAUUACGAAUAUUUGAAGAAUGGGUUGAAUCAAGCGUCUACAUAAAGCGCAUGUGUAGAAAUAUAAAUGGAGUUUGUUUGUAUGAAGGUCAUGCCUUAAAAAAAAAAAAAAAAAACUAUUGACAUUAAUUGAAACUGGCGGCUAAAAAAAAACUGAAAACUGGUAAGGGCUUUGAUAGAUGAAUGCCAUAAAGGAGACAUUAAUUGAUUCGAUAUGGCGGUUUCUCAAGUUAACGAUUUACAUGAGUUUAGGUGGAAUGUCUUCUUUGACAAAAAAAUGGAUAGGCAUUGCAGUAAACAGUUGUCAAACAACAGAAGAAAAGAAAGUGAGUAAUGAAACAGAAAAAGCAGAAUACAUCGUUGAUAAAACGAAAAAGAAAAGCAACGAAAUUAAAGCGCUCGUUAGUGAGUUUGUUGGGAAACCUAAAAGAUAUGAUUGUAUUAAAACUCCCGCGUCGUGACGACAGAUGAAGAUGGAAGAAAAUAACAGUGACAGUGCUAUGAGUUCCAGCCAAAAUGACAGUGAAGAAUUUCUGAAGAAUCGAACAUUUCAGAAAGAUACUAUCCAGGCAAUUGAUCGCAAAUCAGUUCAUCACAUAUGCUCUGGUCAAGUCAUUGUUAACCUAGCAACAGGUGUUAAAGAGCUUGUUGAGAACAGUAUUGAUGCUGGAGCCACAACUGUCGAAAUUAAAUUAAAAGAAUAUGGUUCUGAGUUGAUUGAAGUUAUUGAUAAUGGUUGUGGUGUGGCAGAAGAAAAUUUUGAAGGUUUAACUUUGAAACAUUAUACCUCUAAACUGAAGGAUAUUUCUGACCUCACCUUAGUAGAAACAUUUGGGUUUCGUGGAGAAGCAUUGAGUUCAUUGUGUGCCCUCAGUAAACUAACAAUUAUCACCAGACAUAUAAAUGCUUCAGUUGGUACAAAACUCCAAUUUGAUCAUCAUGGAAAGAUUAAUUCAUGCACACCUUGUGCAAGACAACCAGGAUGCACUGUCAUAUUGGAGAAUUUGUUUUCAACACUACCUGUUAGGCAUAAAGAAUUUUUAAGGAACUUGAAAAAAGAAUUCUUUAAAAUGGUUCAAGUUUUGAAUUCCUACUGCCUUAUUAACGUCGGUGUGAGGAUUUCAUGUUAUAACCAGGUUGGAAAAGGAUCAAGAUCAUUAAUUGUAUCAUCAAUUGGAAAGUGUUCAGUUAAAGAAAAUAUCGCUAAUAUUUUUGGAACAAAGCAACUUCAAACAAUUUCAGAAAUUAUUCAUACUAAACCCUCAGAAGAUGUAUGUGCUGAGUUCGGAAUAAAACUGAAUGAAGAAGUGUGUGAUCUUUUCAGCAUUGACGGUUACAUUUCAAAAUGUGAACAUGGCUGUGGAAGAAGUAGCACUGACCGGCAAUUUUAUUUUGUCAAUAAACGCCCCUGUGAUUCUGUGAAGAUCACUAAGAUUGUCAAUGAUGUUUAUCACAUGUACAACCGUCACCAGUACCCAUUUGUGGUUCUUCAGCUGAACAUUACCAAAGGAAGUGUUGAUGUCAAUGUUACACCUGAUAAACGGAAAGUAUUCUUUGAGAAUGAGAAGUUACUUCAUGCUAUCAUAAAGGCUUCACUGUUGGCACUUUAUGAACCAACGUCUGCUAUUUGUACAAGUAUUUCUAUGAAAGGUCAGUUAAGUUUUGAUACAAAACAUGAGAGAGAAUUUAAUGAAAGUUGUGAAAAAGAAUUGUCAAGUCCUAAGCAGACACCGAGUAAAUUACUUAGCAACUUAACCAGGUCAAUGUCUUCCCCUUCAUCUGGUUUAAACCAUCAUUCUCAUGAAAAUACACCAUCAAGCCUUAUGAAAUUUUACAAUGAAAAACAAAAAUUAUCAAGCUCUACACCAACUUUAAAGAAAGCUCAAUCGUUAAACAGUCUUUCAAGAUGGCUGAAAAGAAAACCACAAGAUGACAAUGAAAAUGUGGAAUCUGACGGAAGUUCUCCAAAGAAACUUACGUAUAGUGAACCAUUUCUGGAUUCUUCUUUUACUUUCAAAGACAUUUCUCAAGGCGAACAUUGUAAACAGGUACAAAAUGAAGACACAGCCUCAUUCCAUUCAUCUAAUGAAACUGAGCCUGUUUCAGAUUCAGGAUUGUCUCUCAGUCAACCUGAAUCUUCACAAAGCCAAACAGAAUCCCAUUCCUCUCUAUCAGUUUAUUACCAUAGUUCUUCACCUGAAGGACAUACAGCCAGUGUUAAAAGUGAAGAAUCACAAUCACAAGCUUCUGAGUUACAAGAACAGGAGACAGAAAGAGAAAUGGUGACAAAGAGUGAAGUGAUUACAAAAUAUGAUGAAGAGUCAGAGAUAUUUAGAAAAGAAACAACCGUGCCAUUUUCUAUGGAUUCCCUCCGUCAGAAACUAAAAUUACAUAGAGAACACAAAGUGAAUACUUCCAAAGAUCUUUGUCGCAACUUUCGAGCAAAAAUUUCUCCAAGUGAAAAUAAAUCAGCUGAGGAAGAACUUGCUAAACAAAUUGACAAAAGUAUGUUUAAAAGUAUGGAAAUCUUGGGACAGUUCAACCUUGGCUUUAUCAUCACACGAUUAAAUGAGGACUUAUUCAUUGUGGAUCAACAUGCUACUGAUGAAAAAUAUAAUUUUGAGAAAUUGCGGAAAAACACAGUAAUGCAAGGCCAGAAAUUGAUUCGUCCUCAGCCUUUGGAAUUAACUGCAAGCAAUGAAAUUAUUCUUCUCAAUAGUAUUGAGAUUUUCAACCGAAAUGGCUUCAGCUUUAUAAUUGAUGAAUCUGCUGUACCAGGUCAGCGAGUGAAACUGGAAACAGCACCUGUGAGUAAAAACUGGAAUUUUGGCAAAGAAGAUAUUGAAGAACUUAUUUUCAUGCUGACAGAUUUUCCGGGUGUCAUGUGCCGUCCAUCCCGUAUAUGUCAGAUGUUUGCUUCUCGUGCCUGUCGCAAAUCAAUAAUGAUUGGAACUGCUCUCAAAAAAAGAGAAAUGAAAACGCUCAUCUGUCACAUGUCAGAACUUGACCAACCAUGGAAUUGCCCUCAUGGUCGUCCAACUAUGCGGCAUUUGAUCAACUUAAACAUGAUUCCAACUUCCAUUUGAUGAAAUUCUGAAACAUUUUGUAAUAAAAUUCAUAAUGCUGUAAAACCAAAUAA